CGUGCCCACUGACGUCAUGGUGGGCCGGCUGGCGCGCAAGGCCAAGGGCUAUCUCGACUACAUGCACAUGGCGCUCAGCAAGUACCCGCUGGAUCACAGGGCGGUGCCCGACGCCGAGCUGCUCGCCUACCACGACCGCCUGCUGGAGCAUCAGCCGCGCCUGGAGGCAUUCAGCGUGCUGCGCGCCUCGUUGGCACCUGUCGUCGAGGCGGUCAUCCUGCUGGACAGGCUGGCCUUCCUCCUCGAGCAGGGGUCGGUGGAAUCGGCCGAGCUGGUGCAGCUCUUCGAGCCCGUGACCUCGCCGCGCUGCUACGCGCUCAUCGCCACCAAGCGCAGACGCUCGGGGCGGUGACCUUUGAUCGGCCGGCUGCCCGCGGCGAUUGGCGACUACCGGGAGCGAGGAGCGGCGCGCAGUCCAUCACGUGACUCCCCGGACGGCCAUCGACCUCGCGAUUGGUCAGCGCGGCCGUGUGACGUCACGGCAGCGGGUGGACCCAGGUUGCUGCUCGUGGUCGCUGCCGGGUCCGCCCCGCGGAGAUCAGCGACCCGUUUUUUGUCGGCGUUAAGGGAAGCAUUAUUGCCGUAGCUUUUUGUAUCGUGGGCAUAGGGCAGGCGAGUAAUAUAUCAUCUUUUUGCGUCCGCAGCCUUUUGCCGUUUGUUUGGAAGGAAAUUAGUGGCAGCGGGUCGGCUACAGCGCGCUUGUUUGUGCUACAAACGGGCGCCUUUGGUGCACCCGGAUGUAGUUGAAAGGCCGGUGGCAGAUGUUCUGGAAUGUUCUGAAAGUCAUGAAGUAUGUUCCGGAAUGUACAGA